GCCCCACAGACAGCAGCUAUUUUGAAGUUUGAAUGUGACCCUCGUUCAGACAGCGAGCCUGCAGCUGUCAGAAACCAUGACUGAAGAUGACUGAUUCUGUCGUCGUGGAGGGAUACGCCAGACUCAGGGAUGGAAAAAAAGGUGUUUUAUGUCGUUCCGGAUAUGACAGAAGUCAUUCAGAGCGAACACCUGUGCCUAAAAAAAAGUUUGUGUCUCUCGCUUUUCUCCCGCAGUGGAAAACUCGGUGGCUCGUCCUCCGCAAGCCGUCGCCUGUAGCAGACUGCCUGGUGCUGCUGGUUUUUAAAGAUAAGUCAGACAAAUCUCAGGGCAUCAAGGAGAGGGUCAGUGUCACCUUGGAGGAGAUCUGCGGUGUGGAAACGGGACAGUGGUAUGAGGGCGUGGCUUUAACUUUGGCCAUCCUCUGCCUGAACCAGGUUGCUGUGUUGGGCUUCGACACCAGUGAGGCCCUGCAGGCGUGGGACGCCCGCCUACGAUACAGCCUGGGAGAAGUUCACAGAUUCAGUGUUGGAGUUUUACCAGGGACCAGGUUGGAGAGCGGACCUGCAACACUUCAUUUGUGCAACAACUUGUUGUCUCUCAUCCGAGACAUCCCUCCCGUUAUUAUCGGCCACUGGAACCUUCCAGACCUGCGCAGAUAUGGACCCAUCCCAAACGGGUUUGUGUUUGAGGGAGGAACAAGAUGUGGUUACUGGGCUGGUGUUUUUCUUCUCGCAUCUGCUGAGAGCGAGCAGAUCAGUUUUCUAUUCGACUGCAUCGUCAGAGGCAUCUCCCCCACCAGAGGCCCUUUUGGACUGCGGCCAGUUUUACCAGACCCUGGUGCCAGUCAGAUGAAGUUAGAGGAGAGGUUGAACCAGGAAGCCCAGGAGUUGGAGAAACGACUGAGUAUGCUGUCUUGCCAGAGCAGUGCAGUCUUGUCCACAUCCUGUGUCUCUGCCGGUGGAGACAAUCUCAGCACUUCUGGUUCUUCUGACACUUCGGACACCAAUCGAUCAGACUGCAGUAUUGGUAGCCGACUGGCUAUUUGGACUGAACCAGCCUCCACCCCAAACAAAAACACUGUGUCGCCACAGAGCACAGAGAAGCUGUCGGUCAACCAGGCAGAUGGUAACCCUCCACCCAGCACAACACCUCGGUGGCUUCAGGAAAUCGGCCGUCAGAGUUCGUCUGAUAGUGGCAUCGCCACGGGCAGCCACUCCUCUUAUUUGGAUAGUUUGUCCUCCUACACAGGCAGCCUGGACACCACACCUGGAGAGGACUUUGGUUCCAUUAUCAGCUUGCCUUCCCAUUUGGCUCAAGACCUGGGCCCUUGUACCUGCCCAAGCGUUGCAGGACAUGAGUACCAGGUGCCGACAUCACUUCGGUACAUCUGUGAUGCCCGUAGGAGUCUAUUACAGGAUGAAUGUGUGGACAUGGGAUCUUCCAUCUCACCUAAAGAUGCUCUGAUUCGUAAAAACCUCAUGUUGGAGUCAGCAGGUAUUAAAACCAACGCCUCAGAGGAUCACUCAGAAUCUGCUGAAAACUCACAAAGCCCCUCUGAGGACACUAAAAAAAGCAAGAUGGCUUUUUCUAGUGACAGUCCACAUCCUGACUCCAGUCAUAUCUGCAGCCUUCUCACAUCUGCCUCCAAAACUAUUCUGACCAUCUGUUCAACGUGCGGUGGGUUCAAGGCAACAGAGCAAAGUGUUGACAAACUGCUGUGCAGAAGCUCCACUUAUGGUGAAUGCAAGAUGUUUGCAGCAAAGACAUUUUUGGAGACCUGUAAGCCUCCUGAAGCGGGACACGGCGGCUCAGAGGUGAGGGGGGAAUCAUCACUGCCAAACAACGGGUGCGAGAAGUUAUCCAGCCUUUUAGCUGAUCUACAAAGGGAUCACAGUCCAGCUGUGCAGCCAGAGGCAAAGACCAACACUCUGAGUGUGUACGAGUCGAUGAGCUCUGCGUUUGGGAGUGAGCUCAGGUGCGCACCCCCUGGCGCCUACGUGUCAUUGCAUGCAAUCUUGCGACAAGACAAAAAGGCUGCCAUCUAUGAAAACUGUUUAAAGUGCAGAGACAAGCAUUUCCACUUGCCUCCCCGAGUGUUUCCUUCUCAAACAUACCCAAGCGGGAGCAGUUCUACUUUACAAACAGAGGAGCCAAACUGUGCCGUCUUUGACCAAAUGGUUCCUGCUGAUUUGCUCCAGAAGAAAAGUCCAGAACACGAGGAAGUGCUCUGUCAUGUUUGCAGUCCUGGAUCACAUACUGUAGACGGGCAUCCUGAAGAGAUAAACAUGCACUCAGUGAAAUGUGAAGAAAAAGGGUGUAAUGACGAGGAAAGACGAAAGGCUGAUCUCGCUUAUAAGCACCUAGAGAGUACGGCAUCGGAGAGCAACUCUGAGACUGAAGAAAGAAGGAAGCAUGAGCUGAUGAUUGGCUGUGGUCAGCAGAGACUCUUUCGAGAGGCUGAAGAGGCUCCACUUCCUGAAAAGCCUCGAGGUGACUGUGUGACCUACGUGAAUAUUCCCAUUAGCCCUACAUCGAAGAAGCAGGUCAACUACUUGGAGCUGGAGUUGCAUGAGCCAGUCAGUCAUGGGACCGCCACUCAUCUCCCAGCACAAAGGAAGAGCUGUACUAAAUACGCUCAGAUCGACAUCGCUGUUACCGAGACAGCCCGCAAGGUUGGCUCGCGGCACGUUUUGGGUCGGCAGGAGGGACUGCACACGCUGGAGCGAAGAAGAAAAGGAGUGCCGCACUGAUUUAACACCACAAAUCUCUCAAACAUGCACAGACUUAAUGCAAAAUCUGAGCAGUUUAUCUUCAGAGACACUUGGAAUCACAUGCAGAGUUUGAUGAUCUGGAGUGUUUUUGUUGUUUUUUACAUUCUUGCUGUAUGAUGUCACAAAGAUGUGUCGGUAAGUAACUCAGAAUUUUGAAUGAUGGCACUCUACAGUCUUUCUGUAUGUUGACACACAAAUCUCUAUUACAUUUCAUUUUUAAGGAAAUCUUUGCAUCCAUUCUUACUCAGGAUACUGUAGAUUCUGGGUUAGUUUGUGGUAGAAAAAUAUUUAACAACAG